CCACCAUCCCCUUUUGCAGCGCAACAAUCAUUCCAGACGACACUGCUGCACUUCUAUUACCCAAAGAGAAGACAUGUUGGACACGUUCGAGAUCCUGACGACCUCCGGAGUCGUUUUAUGGUCCAAGUCGUACGCACCUGUUGGCGCCCACAUAAUCAACAGCCUUAUCAACGAGGUCUUUAUUGAAGAGAAAGUCCGACCUAACGCAGCAGCAGCAAAUGGUCUGUCUCCAGUAUUCAAGAAAGAGAAAUAUUCUUUGAAGUGGAAGAGGGUUAAAGAAUUCAACCUAAUCUUUGUGGCUGUCUAUCAAUCGUUACUUCACCUAGGUUGGAUCGAUAAACUACUGGAUAAUAUCUCAACUAUAUUCAUUGACCUAUACAAGGAUCAGUUGAAUAGUGCGAGGGCUAGGGUUGUCGAAUACCCCUUUGACAAAUACUUCGAGCAGCAAGUCGGCGAGCUGGAAGAUAAUAGGGGCUUUGUCUCGGAGGCAGCAUUGGCAGACAAAGAGGAUAAGAAGGACCUGCUUGUCUCAUCUGAUAAUGGCGGUCCCCCGCCUCCACCAGUACCUGGCCUUGUCAAAGCGCAGCGUCAAGCUGCGCCGGCCAUGGCGACCUCAAAUGAGCGUACGCCAUCUCAAUCUCCUGAUAGUUCCAGAUCUUCAACUCCCGUUGCGAGUCACAUUAUCACUGCCAAGGGUGGACCCGGAGGUCGUGUGUCUCGCCGUGCACGCAAGGCCGCCCAUGCAAGCGCCAAUGGUUCACCUGUCAGUGAUAACAGUGCGCAAAAGGGCAAGACUCCCAAGUCUGGGAAGAAAAUGCGUAAGUGGGGUGCCGAUGGAUAUGCGGAGGAGGACGAUGGGGUGGUCCUCGAUUACUCUGCUCCCGCUGAGGAUUCGAGCAUCCAUGUUCCAGCUGUGGAGGUUGUUCCACAGGAAUCUUGGGGCAGUAGAACCGGCAAAGGCCAGUUUGUACUGAAGGAUCUUGGGGAUGAGGUUCAUUCGAUCCUUGAAAACGCAGACAAUGAGCGGGCAAAAACGAGCGCAUCCACUGGCCUCGUCGGUUCCGGUUUCAAUGCCGUCGGUGGAUUCUUCCGUAACCUUGUCGGCGGCAAGGUUCUGGCCGAGGCCGACCUUGAGAAGCCAUUAAAAGCAAUGGAGGAUCAUCUGUUAAAGAAGAACGUUGCGCGGGAGGCGGCAGUCCGACUGUGCGAAGGCGUCGAACGUGAGCUGGUCGGGAAGAAGACUGGCAGUUUCCAGAGUAUUGAUGCUGCACUUCGUUCGGCGAUGGAAUCAUCGCUACGCAAGAUCCUGACGCCCACGUCCUCUUUGGACCUGCUACGCGAGAUCAAUGCCGUCUCUUCUCCCUCAAGCAAGGGGCAGGCUCCGCGUCCGUAUGUGAUAUCCAUAGUUGGUGUCAAUGGAGUUGGUAAAUCGACCAAUCUCAGCAAAAUCUGCUAUUUCCUGCUACAAAACAACUACCGCGUCCUGAUUGCAGCAUGUGACACCUUCCGCUCUGGCGCUGUAGAGCAACUUCGCGUUCACGCGAGGAACCUCCACGAGCUCAGCACUCGUGAAAACGUUGGCGAAAUUGAACUCUACGAGAAGGGGUAUGGAAAGGAUGCAGCAAACGUGGCCAAGGAUGCGGUAAGCUACGCAACAGCAAAGAAAUUCGAUGUCGUCCUGAUCGACACGGCCGGUCGCCGUCACAACGACCAGCGUCUCAUGUCUUCGUUGGAAAAGUUCGCCAAAUUUGCGCAGCCCGACAAGAUCUUCAUGGUUGGGGAAGCCCUCGUGGGGACGGAUAGCGUGAUGCAGGCACGUAAUUUCAACCAGGCCUUUGGCACUGGCAGACAUCUGGAUGGCUUCAUCAUCAGUAAAUGUGACACUGUCGGCGACAUGGUCGGUACGCUGGUCAGCAUGGUGCAUGCAACCGGUAUCCCAAUUGUGUUCCUGGGAGUUGGACAGCAUUACGGAGAUCUGAGGGGUCUGAGUGUACCGUGGGCUGUUGGCCUGCUGAUGAAGUGAUUGCAUUGGCCAUAAGGAGCUUACGGGAUUCGGCCUCCUGGAGCUAGAUAUUGCUUUGCUUUGUGGGUGUAUCUUUCUCCCUGCUCUCAUCUUUUAGUAUAAUAAAUGCCAAUAAGAGGGAUAUAUGGCCUGAAGUUCCGUCAGCCACCCUGCAUGGUGACAUGUACUCCGUAAGCACUGAUAGAUUGUACAGUUCUACAUAAGUAGUAUAUAGUAUCAUUUAUAACUAGAAUAAUC